CACCCGCCGCGCCUGCUGGUGGUGCAGCCGCGCCUCCGCCGUGGCGCCCUCCUCGACUCCAAGCUCUCCGAGGCGCUCAACCUCGCCAGUUCCCUCGAGGAGUCCCGCGACGGCUUCGAGCACGCCGAGUCCGCCGCCAAGGGCGCGCCGCCGCACCUCGUCGUCCAGAACCCAGCCUCCCGCGGCCGCAACCAUGCUGAUACGUAUUUUGGACCUGGAACUGUGGAUAAUAUCAAGUGUUACCUGAGGGCAUUGGACGAAAAGGAAGAAUUAGAUGCAGUUUUUGUUAAUACGCUCCUCUCUGGGGUCCAACAGAGGAACUUGGAGGUUGCCUGGGGAAAGCCAGUUUUAGAUCGUGUGGGCCUUAUAAUUGAGAUAUUCAAUGCUCAUGCUGAAACAAAGGAAGCAAAGCUACAGUCAGAGUUAGCAGCUCUCAUGUACAUGAAGACUAGGCUUGUCCGUGUCCGCGGCCCAGGUGGAAAACUAGCUUUUGGUGCAAGUGGGGAAGCUGAAGUUGUCAGUGCUCGAGGGAGAGGAAGUGGCGGACGGGGUUUCAUGAGUGGUGCUGGUGAAACGGAACUUCAACUACAACGCAGGAGAAUCCAAGAACGUCGUCUAAGCUUGUUAGCUCAAAUUGAAGAUGUACGCCGAACUAGGGCGAUACAACGUUCGAGUCGAAAGAGGCAUGGUGGCUCAUUUGGUCAAGACCUUGUAACUGUGGCAGUCGUCGGAUAUACAAAUGCUGGAAAAUCUACUCUAGUGAGUGCACUUUCUGGAGCUGGUCUAUACAGUGAUGAUAGAUUAUUUGCAACAGUAGAUCCUCGAUUACGCAGUGUGAUUCUUCCAUCAGGGAGAAAAAUACUUCUCAGUGAUACCGUUGGCUUCAUAUCAGAUUUGCCUGUACAGCUAGUGGAAGCAUUUCAUGCCACCCUGGAAGAAGUUGCUGAGGCAGACAUGUUAGUGCAUGUGUUGGAUUCCAGCGCACCUGAUCUUGAGGAGCAUCGUUCUACUGUUCUACAAGUACUGCAGCAAAUUGGUGUUUCACAGGAUAAGAUCAACAAUAUGAUUGAAGUUUGGAAUAAGAUUGAUCUUGUGGAUAAUAUUGCUCUGACUGAUGGGAUUGAAGACGAGAUCUUUCUUACUGAAGGUGAAGAGGAGGAAGACUUGUUCUCUGAAGAUGAUGUGUCAUCAGAGCAGUCGUCUUUUGAUUCCUUGGAUGAUACAGUGGAUUCAGAGUCUCUGUCAGAAAAAAGUUGUGAAAAUGAUGAUGAUAAAAUGGCAUCUGAAGAAUCGAUUGCUGAGCCUGUCGAGAUGAAAGCAAUGAACUCUGAACUGUUACCCGAAGAUCAUUUUAGAGAGUCUAAUGGCCCGGAAGCUAUAAGUACAAGUGCUUGCACUUUGACAGAGCCAGUAUCCACUUGUCAUGUGAAAACUUCAGCUGUGGCUGGGACAGGAUUGCAAGAGUUGCUGCAGUUAAUUGAUACGAAACUGAAUGGACAGCAAACGGUUGUGCAGAGAAGCUAUGGACCUUUUGAUAGAAAAUGGAGACCUAGUUCUAUGGAUGACGAGAAGGCUGCAGAACAGUAGGUAUGUUGUGUUGUGCCUUUUGUUGGGGGAGACUAGUAUAGGAUCAGCCCUUUAGGUGAGAUCGUGGGAUCAGCCCAAACAUUUCAUAUUUAGACAAUCCAAAAAAUUCUGAAAAAAAUGUACGACAUACCUGCGAGGUAUGUCUACAAGUUCAAAAAAGAUCAGCUCAAAACUUGAUCUACAGUUAGAGAUUCUAAAAAGACAAAUUCGAGUAUCUAUAGUGCCAGCUUUGUGGUGAAUAGUACAUGACACUAUUCACAUCUGAUUUUGUCUCAUUUGGUCCUAAGUGUAGUUCGAAUUAGGAGCUGAAACUUUUUGAGCUUGUACAUCACACAUGAAUGUGUGUCUCCAAACUUUUUCAGAAUUUUUAAACAUGUUUUCUAUCUUCAAAAAAUUUGAUCUCAUUGAUCUCACCUAACUGCUGAUCCUAUACAAGUCUUCCCCCCUUUUGUUUGAAGUACUGUUGAUGUUAAUAAUUUCCAAGUUUGCAUAGAUAUGCACAUCAUUUAGAAAUCUGAAAAUAUACACGAUAUAUCAUUUAUGCAGCAGAAUCUGUUUUGGAUAAAUUUGACAAGUGGCAUCUAGAUUUUUGUCUGUACAGUGCAGUACUUUUUUUCAAUUUUCGUAUAAAAAUUGAAGGAUCGUUCCCUCUUUUGCCCUGAU